AUGUCUUCCUCGUUGAAAACUGCACCGCAACAAUAUAAGCAGCCGUCACGAAAAGGCAAGAAGGCAUGGCGCAAAAACGUCGACAUCGGAGAAGUCCAGCAAGGACUGGAGACGCUUCGAGAGCAAAUCAUUCAGGGCGGACCGAUUGCAGAGAAACCUUCGGAGGAACUGUUUGCACUUGACACGAUAGGUUCAGAAGAUAUAAAGAAGAGAUACAAAGUUCAGAAGCCACUGAAGGUCGAUGAGAUCCUCGCUAAACGCUCCGCCGUCCCCGCAGUCGAUUCACGGAAGAGACAACAUUCUGCACUCACCGACGGCGUCCUUGAACUUUCGAGCAAGAGGCACAAACCAGACUGGGUAAGCAAGAAAGAGGUCCAACGCCUGAAAAGUGGUCUCAACACUGCAUCGAGAUUGAACACGGAAAAUCUGGACGACGAGCAGCCAGGGGUUGAUUUGUGGGCAGUAGAAGCACCGGUUACUGUUCAGGAAGACAUCUCGAUCGAAUAUAUCCCUAAACCUCGAGCUAAAGUUGCACCUGUCACGCUUCAAAAAGCACCAAUACCUAUGACUGCGGAUGGUCGCCCAGUCCGAGCUGUUCAACAACCCAAUGCUGGCACAAGUUACAAUCCAUCCUUCGAAGAAUGGGACGAUUUACUCAACCAAGAAGGAGCCAGAGAAAUGGAAGCUGAGCGCCUGCGACUCUUGGAGGCCACACUUGCUGCGGAGAAAGAAGCCAGGGUACAAGCUCUUGCUGCUUUGCCGGAGUCGAACCCGGCCGACGAUGAGAGUGCGUGGGAAGGGUUCGAGACAGAGAAUGAAGAUGCUGAAGGACUGAAGAAGAAGCGGCCGCAACGCAAAACACCAUCGCAGAGGAACAAGGUCAAGCGGAGAAAAGAGAUCGAGCGACUGGCCAAACAUGAGAAGCGAAUGGGAGAUAAGUCGCAAAGGCAAGAAGACGUGAUCAUGGCUCUGAUCAAGCAACACCAGGCGAGCGAAUUGGAAGUAGGGAAUGAAACACCAGAGCUCGGAGAUGGUGACGACCGAGUUUUGCGUCGACGGAAACGAGGAAAUGCGCCAAUACCGGAGAAAACUCUGGAGGUUGUACUUCCAGAUGAGCUUCAGGACUCACUCCGACGCCUGAAACCUGAAGGUAACUUGCUGAACGAUCGGUUCCGGAAUUUACUGGUGAAUGGCAAAGUGGAGGCACGCAAGAUCAUCCAUCAACCGAAGAAGCGCAAGGUCAAGAUGACAGAGAAAUGGAGUUAUAAGGAUUUCAGCAUCCAGGUCUGA